CCUGCCAAUACGUAUCGCUCUCACCAGCUCGAUGUAGCUUUCAUGAUCAGCUUUCUAAGACAGGAGGGAUUCUUGGGAAAAUGUACAUGUAUAAUUAUUGCGCGGUGUUUUGGUGCACAUUUCUAGGGACUUGCAGUGUUUUUGGAGGACGUGUUGGUGUCACGGAGAAGCGCCUGCUGCGGUACUUGUUCCAAGAAUACAGCUCCUUGACCAGACCUGUCCAAAACUACAGCGAUGUCGUUACCGUCAAGUUCGGCUUAUCACUCAACCAAAUACUGGAUCUGGAUGAAAAGAAACAAAUCAUCACUACAUCAGUCUGGGUAAAAGAGACAUGGUAUGACGAAUCUUUGGUGUGGGAACCCGAGCAGUAUGAAGGCACCAGACGCUUAAUUAUAUCUUCCACCGAACUCUGGCUUCCAGAUAUGUUCAUUUUUAAUACAGCUGGUGGGCAGUCGGAAGGCUUUGUGAACGUCACUGGAAGUAAACUUCUGAUAGAGAGUUCCGGCAUGGUCACAUGGACAGUUCCCCUGAUGAUAAAGAGUUCCUGUCCCGUAGAUGUGACGUAUUUUCCGUACGACCAGCAGACGUGCGAAAUCCAUUUUGGAUCCUGGAUUUAUGAUAUUACUAAGGUCGACCUUCAGCUGCAGUCUGGAAAACCCAAUUUACAGCAGUACAUUUUGAACAAUGAGUUUGAUCUGCUGAACGUGAAUUUAUAUAGAACGACGGUGGAUGAGGCAUGUUGUCCGGGGAGUGGAUCUCAUCCCAUUAUCCAUUUCAAGAUGAAUAUCAAACGGAAAUCCAUUUACUAUGACUACAUUGUUAUAGCUCCUACUAUCAUGCUUUGUAUUCUGACUCUGGCGUCCUUCUGGUUGCCAUGCCAUCACGGAGAGAAGAUAGCAAUUGGGUUGACCGUGUUUCUCACGUUGUACGUUCUCCAGCUUCUGAUUGCAGAGAACGUGCCCGAUACAAACACAACACCUGUCUUAGGCGUUUUCAUCUUCCUGGUGAUGACUCUCAACUGUAUUUCCUUGAUUAUGGCAACAUUGGUAAUGAGUAUAAAGAAGCGAUCAACACUAAAGCCAGUGCCAAGAGUGCCUCCUGUUAUGUUAUGGGUCUGCAAGCAGGUACUCGGAAAGAUCACAUGUACACCACCAGAAUCUCGUUUCCAUAGCUACAACCUUUGCCAAGACGACGAAGAUAAAAGUGCAUCUAUAAACACUUCAGAAUCGUGCGAUUCCUUGGAUUAUCUACUCCAUGAGUUCGAUGAGCAUAUGGAGGAAGAUGAUACAGUGUCUACCCACCUUUUACCCGAGGGUGACAACGAGGAUAUUUCCCAGAAUGCCACUGUAGCCAGUGCGCUGUCUUAUAGACGAACCCUAAAAAACAGACGGUCGUAUCGCAAAGCAAUACACAGUCAGAACAAAUCAAAUUUCACACCCACGACUCACACCAAAUCACCUGCAGAACCAACAGCCAAAGUCAACCCUAACUGCUUGAUCAGGAAACAACAGUGGUGCUACGUGGCGGAAACUGUUGACAAGGCCUCCUUCAUUAUAUAUUUCGCCAGUAUGUUCAUUACAAUCUUAACUGUACUAGUAUUUGUCCCCAGUCUACAGAAUGUAAACAACUGAUUGUCAAGUGUACAAUAAUAUAUCAAUGAAAUUAUACCAACGUUUCAAUACAGCUUGCAGUACUAAACUGCAUGUACUUGACCAAAUGAAAUAAAAUAAAAUGCUUUUGAUGUCAAAAAUGAUUUUGAAAAUGAAUUUUUCUAAUCACGAGUAUCUCAAACGAAAUUGUUCCCAUGCUAUAUAUAUUUUACUACAAAACCAUGUUGAAGUUCUUGGUAAAUGCACACACUUUUCAGAAAUUCUUGCAAAGCUAUGGCAUGUCAAACAUUGUAAUAUUUCCCAUUUGUAUUGUGUAAAUCAUUUAUAUUAUAAAAAAUUAAUUUUUA